ACCAUAUUUAGUUCACACAGCAAUAAUAAUUAUAAACAUAUAUGUUUCCUUAUAUGUUGAUUGAAAAAUGCAAAAGUUUUUUUUUUGUAAAAGCUGAAAAAUGCAAAAGUUACAAUUAAUAAUAUAAAACCAUUAAAAAAAACAACUAAUUUCCCUCCGACACAACUCUUUAUAAGUUAAAAGUAUCUCCUCGAGUAUCUGUCCGAAUACCUUUCACGCAUCCCACGAUGGCGGACGGUGAAGACACGACGAAGAAGAAUCUACAGACAAGCUACUUCGACGUGGUCGGAAUCUGCUGUUCAAUGGAGGUUCCUCUUGUCGGAGACGUUCUCCGUCCACUUAACGGCGUCAAAGAAUUCUCCGUCAUCGUCCCUUCAAGAACCGUCAUCGUAGUCCACGACAGCUUCUUGAUAUCUCCGCUUCAAAUCGUGAAGGCACUGAAUGAAGCAAGACUAGAGGCAAGCGUGAGGCCAUAUGGAGAGACAAGCUUCAAGAGUCAAUGGCCAAGCCCUUUCGCAUUGGUCUCUGGUGUAUUACUUGCUCUCUCCUUCCUCAAAUACUUCUAUGGCCUGCUUGAGUGGUUCGCUGUCGUUGCCGUGGUGGCUGGAGUUUACCCUAUUCUAGCUAAAGCUGUUGCUUCGGUCACAAGGUUCAGGCUUGACAUCAAUGCUCUCACUCUUAUUGCUGUGAUUGCAACGGUGUGUAUGGAGGAUUACACAGAAGCUGCCACAAUUGUGUUUUUAUUCUCGGUUGCAGAUUGGCUAGAGUCAAGUGCUGCUCAUAAGGCAAGCACAGUGAUGUCAUCUCUAAUGAACUUAGCGCCAAGAAAAGCAGUGAUAGUAGAAACUGGAAUAGAAGUUGAUGUAGAUGAGGUUGGUUUAAACACUGUUGUUUCAGUCAAAGCUGGAGAAAGUAUACCAAUCGAUGGAGUUGUGGUUGAUGGAAGCUGUGAUGUAGAUGAGAAAACAUUAACAGGAGAGUCCUUCCCUGUCUCCAAACAAAGAGACUCACCUGUGUUAGCUGCAACUAUAAAUCUUAAUGGUUACAUAAAGGUGAAAACAACAGUUCUAGCCAGAGACUGCGUGGUUGCGAAAAUGACAAAACUCGUAGAAGAAGCACAGAAAAGCCAAACUAAAACUCAAAGGUUUAUAGACAAAUGUUCUCGCUACUACACUCCAGCGGUUGUUGUAGUAGCAGCAUGUUUUGCUCUCAUCCCGGUUUUAUUAAAGGCUCAAAACCUCAGCCAUUGGUUUCACUUAGCACUUGUAGUGCUAGUAAGCGGUUGUCCUUGUGGUCUCAUCCUAUCCACACCCGUUGCUACCUUUUGUGCUCUUACUAAGGCAGCCACAUCAGGGUUUCUGAUCAAAACCGGUGAUUGUCUAGAAACUUUGGCAAAGAUUAAGAUUGCUGCUUUUGACAAAACAGGAACUAUUACAAAAGCUGAGUUCACAGUCUCAGAUUUUCAGUCUCUUUCUCACAAUAUCAAUCUGCAACAUUUGAUUUACUGGGUAUCAAGCAUUGAAAGCAAGUCAAGCCAUCCAAUGGCAGAGGCCCUUAUUGACUACGCUAGAUCAGUUUCUGUUGAGCCUAAGCCUGAUAUGGUUGAGAACUUUCAGAACUUUCCAGGAGAAGGUGUUUAUGGGAGAAUAGAUGGUCAAGAUAUCUACAUUGGUAACAAAAGAAUUGCAAAGAGAGCUGGAUGCUUAACAGUUCCGGAUAGUGAAGCUGAUAUGAAGGGAGGUAAAACCAUCGGUUACAUAUACAUUGGAGAAGAACUGACAGGAAGUUUCAGCCUUUUGGAUGGUUGUCGGCAUGGGGUCGCUCAAGCUCUCAAGGAGCUUAAGUUCUUAGGCAUCACAACUGCAAUGCUCACAGGAGAUAACAGAGAUGCAGCCAUGUCUAUUCAACAACAGCUAGGGAAUGCUUUGGAUAUAGCUCACACUGAACUUCUUCCACAAGACAAAGCAAGAAUCAUCGAUGAGUUCAAGAGCCAAGGGCCUACAAUGAUGGUGGGAGAUGGACUUAACGAUGCACCAGCCUUAGCUAAAGCAGACAUUGGCAUUUCUAUGGGGAUCUCAGGGUCAGCACUUGCAACAGAGACAGGAGAUAUCAUUCUUAUGUCGAAUGACUUGAGGAAGAUACCUAAAGGGAUGAGACUAGCGAGGAGAUGUCAUAAGAAAGUGAUUGAGAAUGUGGUUUUGUCUGUGAGCAUAAAAGGAGCGAUCAUGGUGCUUGGUUUUGCAGGUUAUCCUCUGAUUUGGGCAGCUGUUCUUGCAGAUGCAGGAACUUGUUUGCUUGUGAUACUCAAUAGUAUGAUGCUUCUACGUGAUGAGCGUGAAGCUGUGUCUGCAUGUUACCGUGCUUCUCCUUCGUCUUGUACUCCCUCGCUACUGAAGCUUGAAGAGGAUCUAGAAGUGGGAUUGUUGCAGAAGAGUGAGGAGACAAGUAACAAGAGUUGUUGCUCUGGUUGCUGUGGUGGCCCUAAGGGCACUCAACAAAAGUGAUACUCGUCUUCUUAUUUAGAACUAGAGGGGGUUGUCUAUCUAUGUAACUGGAAAAAUCUUUUAAAAAACAAAUAAAUUUUAAUUUUAAAUAAAAUAAUAGAAUAAUCAACACUUCAAAUAUUAAAUUGUAUAAGUAAAAUCAUAUACAUGCAUAUUAUAUUAUAUAUUUUCAUAUAACUAAAUUACUAUAAAAUAUUUUAAUUAAUCGAUUUUUCUAUUUAUUCGGUUGUGGGUUUAUAAUUUAGAAGAAAAAAAAGGUUGUGGGUUUAUAUCAAACUAUUUUCAUGUCCUACGAUUGGUAUGAUAUAACCAACUUCUUUUUUGGGUUGAGUUCUAUUCUACAGUAACAUGCUAUAUGCCAUUGUCUCCUCUGAAAUCCGUUGCAACAUUUUAUUGUGAAAAAGGUUUAAUCUGAUGUUACUUAAAGGGUUAAUUUUUACAAGAUGGUAGUUUGAUAUAACUCAGAUUCCGUCCAAAAACAUUCGGAAAAAACAUACAAGAAGUUUAUGAUAAUAAAAGAAAACGAGCGAUGCGUAUAUAUAGUGAGUAGUGACCAAUGGAUAUAUCGAUGGAUCAUAUAUAUACAAGGAAGGACCCCUAUCACAAAUCAUUGUGUCUUUGACGAGUGCUAAACCCCACAUUAGUCUAUUUGCUACAGUGAAUGUCACAUGAACGUUUGACUAAUAUGAAUUGUCACCACCAAUGAGAAGAAUAUUUACAAAAAUUUGGGUCCCUUUUUAAUUUAGUUGAGACUUUAUCACAUCGUUUUCUGAAAUCAAAUUCACCAAUUUGAAGUCUAUUACUCUCCCGGUUUGAUAAAUAUACUUGUUGUUCAACUUGAUAGACAUUACGGUAUCUUGCGUUUUACUACCAUAACACUGAAAUUGAAUUAUCAUUGAUUUUGGGAUCGAUCAACGUUGUCUUGAACUAGGUUUUUCAAUCUAGUUACAUCACCCAACACCCAUGAUCUUUGAGAAUAUCAAGCUGCGAAUACUAACCGAUAGACGAUUUAAUUUUAUGUAUAUUUUAAACUUUAAAUAUUUCUAGGUCGAUUAAAUAUUUUAAUUUGGUCACUUAGGUUGUCUUCUUUUUAGUGGUAGUUAUAUAUUUGGAUUCGUUUUGCUGUCGUGUUAAAACAAAAUGUUUUUACUCCAGAUGUUAUUAUGGCAUGUUGGUAUUGAUCCCAAACCGAAUAUUCCUCGUAUAUUCUUUAUCUACAACAUCAUAAACAGUUUCUUUUGCAAUCAUCCAGAAUCACACAUUUUACUUUUUGCAACCCUAUUUGCCAAUACUAUACUUUAGCACCCCUAUUUUGAUCACUUUUCUUCAACUGAUGAAGGCCACUAUAAUUCUCAUCACAUAUAUUACUAUCAUUACAUACUAUUAGGUUUCAGCUCUAAGAAUGGAUUAAUCGAGAACGUAAAGUGGAGCUUACGUAUAUCACACAAAAAGUUAUGUAUCGUAUGAUGAUAUAUAUGUAACUGGAGAUAUUAAAACUUUAAAUUCCAAGGGUUAAUCAUGUACAAAAGUCUUACAUGUGUAAAAUAAAUGCACUGUUAUACUAAGAACUAUGCAUUGAUGUUUACUUUUUUUUGACGAACUAUGUUCCGUUCGAUUAACUUUGAUGAUAUAUAUGUAAAGAGAAAAAAAAUUGGUUUUUCAGCUACAACUCUGAAUGUUCCAUUCCAUCAUCUAAAAUCUUCAAUAUGUUGGUAAGACAAUUUAGACGUUUCUCGAUCAGUUUGGCCGACAACAGCCGAGAUCACUGAUACCACGACCCUUACCUUCGAUCCUUACUAAUGUGAGCUGCUGACGUAUGCCCACUAAUCUCUUUGUGUUCCAUUAUAAUGACUUGUGCUGAUUAUACAUUCGUGUUAUGCUUUUAUCUUUCUUGAGCCGCGGGCCCGCGGUUUAUAAACAAUAUUUAAUGUUUUAGGGUUAUAUGAGAAGAUAAAUCAUACGAAAAGGAUGAUUAAUGUCUAUUCGAGAACAAGCAAUGGAUCAUGAGAGUCUAUCAAACAUCCACAGAUGUUUAUGCUCUCAUUGACUUACACAAUCCUCAAACAUUGAAUGUACCAAUUAAAAUGAGAUCAUUGGAGAAAAUUUUAAUGAAUGAGAAUAAAUGCAAAGAUAAUUUUUAAUUUUCUUUUAAACCUAUAAUAUUUAUUUGAUAAGUAAGACGUAUCCAGACAGAUCCAACUAGUGCAUCACUAAUACAUAUCUACCAUUAUUAUAGUUCAUAUUUGCAAACUUAACUUUUCAAAAACUGUUUAACAAAAGAAAAUGAGUAAGCUAAAGCUAAGAAAGCUGGUAUCACUUCAAUCUGAAAUGGAGUUCUUACAUCGUUUAGACGAAGACAAAAGAGAUGUAUAAUUCAAUUCUUAUCAAAUGAUAAAUAUUUUGGGAACUUCAUUCAAGGAACAAAUUCACUGAAUUAUUUUGAAAAUUCGCUAGCUAGCAGGUGUAACAUGUCUUCUCUUCCCUAAUAUAUGUCUCAUAUCAAAAAAAAAUAUUCGUAAUUCAUAGCAACAAUAUAUGAUUACUAAUUUUACAAAAUUUACAUAUAUAAAAGUGAAGUUACUAUUCUGGGAAAAAGUUCCGAAGAUUCGGGAACUAAUAUUUUAAUGUAUCAGGUGGUAGAACAAAUAUAAGCUGAACAACUUAUCGAAACACAAAAGAAGGAUAUAUAUCAUUGCAGCUCACAUUUCAACGAUAUUCCCUUUCCACUAGACUAUGCUUUAUAGGUCUCUUGUUUAUAAUAUCUAUUUAUUGUUUGGCGUAUUUACACUGCCUUUUACUUUGAUGUAUAAUUUUUAAUAAAAGGAAGGAAAGAAAGUUGUUUUGUUUUGAAACAUUGGUAGAUUCCUCCACUACUUGAAAGCCUUUUGGAAAAGAUAGUGGAGGUGUGCUGCUUAAAUUAUUUAUGGCCUCUUUCUAGGCAAAUAAUAAUCUAGUUUUUAUGAUCACAAAGGGUCGCGUAUGUAAACUUUCAAAUAUAAAAUACAAAUGUGUUAUACCAAAAAAUUAGAAUUUUAAUUUGAAAAGAGACUAAGCUUGUGACGAUAAGGAAGGGAAAAAGACUGGUCAUCUUCGGUGGUUCGAUGGUAGAAGCCUAGAAGGUACUAAUUACGUUGUAAAAUUAGGAUGCUCCAACCUUUUUACAUGUCCGGUUCUAUAAACUUUUGUUUGAAGUUUCGUCUUUAGAUUCUAUCGUUUUUGACAUUAACAUUAAAACUAUUGUAUGUGAAAUUGCAUAUAUGUGUUACUCUCUAUGGAUUGAAUGGAAACAUGUAACAUUAUAAUAUAAAAGAUAUUACCAUUAAACUUUUUAUUGGGAGUACUCCCGAGUUAAAUGUAUUCAAUAGUAAUGCGGAAUUGGUCCACCAAAAAGACAUCACUUUCUAAGAAUAGAGUCGAAAACAUAAUUUGUUUUUAGAGUCCUUAUGAAAGAAUUAAUUAUAUACAGUUAAGUGUGCUUAACUUAGAAUUUUCUUUCAUGAUUAGUGGAUAGAUAUUGAGAAGUACGUGUUAGCACUUGGCAACGAGAAAACAUUUAAAAAACAUGUAUUCAUUUGUACAAAACGAGUUUAGAUACAAAUUGAGCAUACACCUAUACAAACUUGUCAUAUUAGACCACUAAUCGCUUAAAACUCCAAUAUUAGAAGUUUAAAACUCUUCAUAAUUACUGAUGAGGAGUAGAUAAAAAAUCGUAGCAAUAGUUUAUAGUCAUGUGCAUAUAUAGUUAUCUAUGAUCUAAGAAUAUGUUACAUACUUACAUUCGUGGUUAAGGUGUUUAUCUUCAUUUUCAAGAAUAUAUGUGAACGUAUUACGUAUGCGCAAGUCUAUUUUAAUAGACAAAACACUGAAAGAAACAUAUUUUACUCUUAACGCAUUUUAAAACCAUAUAGUAAAAGUAUAGACGUUUUAAAAGAAAAAAAUACUUGAUUUUUUUACAUAUCUAAAAAGUUGUAUAUUUGGCUUCAUAACUUAUAUAUAUAUACUAAAAAUUGAGGAGAAUUACCAAAAAUCUCUAGAGAGAAAGUAGACAAAUUGAAUCACUUGGGAAAAUAAUGGACAACACAAAAAGAUAUUGUCGACUCGACUAUACUGCAAGUCGAUCGCAAAUAAUUGCAAUAAAAGCCAAUAAUAGAAGAUUUGGUGGGAAAUGCCUCACUUUAACUCUCACAAAAUUGUUUGUCUUAAAUAUAUUGAAAACUCAAUCCAUUUAUAAAAGAUUCUGAUAAUUAUGAUGAUGACUAUCUUCAUAAUCAUAUAUAUUGACGACUGCAACGAUGAUGCGAACAGUAAAAUUGUUAUUGUAACCAUUCUGAAGUUGUGGCUUCUAUCUUAUCUGCUAACUAUUAAUUACAUGUUUAUCUCGUCUAUUUUUAUCUGUUUGCCGAACCAAAACAUUUUUGGUAGAUGCAAUGCUAUGCGAUGCGAUCUGCUUAUGUAUUUCAUAGUCUUGGGGGUUAGAGAGAUUAUAGUGUGAGUCAGCUAUAUCAUAUCCAUAAUUAAGUCAUCUAAUUCUAAGAAUUGAUAUUAAUAAAUACAAUUGUAAAAAGUAAUCUCUCUUAGCUAGGAGUCAUGGCCUAAAAGGAACAAUCACUUUUUACAUCAACAAAAGAGGUUAUGUGGCCCAACGUCUUCGGUUUGACUCUGGUCUGGUACAAUGGAAGUGGUGGUUUUAACUAACACUUGUUCUAUAAUACAAAUUCAUUGAUGUGAGAAUUAGAGAUUUAGUGAGAGUUUAGGUUAAGAACAUGAAGAACAGAUGAAGAUCAAGAGAGAGAAUAGAAGGAUUUGUGAGAGAGAGUUUAUGAAAGAGAAAAUGAUAUUUCUUUUAAUUUUGACAGCGGUGGCUGCAAGAGAUUAUAAGUAGGUCUAUCGGGCAACCAAAAACAAAAUUGGCUUACUAAAAAAGCUAAAAUAUAAGUAAAUAUCAGAGUUACUGUUUGUCGAGUUACUAUUUAUUUUAACAAUAUCCUUCUACCGUUAUUCUCUUGAAGUCUCAAACUCUCUUGAAAUCUUUUGAAUUUUCUUGAAUUUUUUUGAACUCUAUUCUCUUGUUAUUUAUCAUUUCGUGUCAACAAUUGAUGCCGCUAAUUCUAGAACGUGUGUACGAGUGUUAAGGAUGUGAGUAUUGCGGCUACAUGCAUCUGUAAUAGUUACGUUGGUUUGGUCUUGCUAUAAAGAAACUCAAUCUCUAAGUAGCCUUGGACGAACUUGAAUAAAUAACAUCAAGAUUUCAUGAACAGAAUGUCUGAGUAAGGUGACUAGAAAGCUCUGCUGGGAAACGUUAUAUAUGUCCACUGUGAUAAGAGUUGAAUAUAAUGAACCAGUAGACUCAAGUUUGGUGAGAUAACAUAUGUUAAACCUACGACAUUAAAGGACAUAACAUAAAGCCAAUUGCAUGUGGAAAACUCAACUGAUGCACGCUAAACUUCAAGCAAAUACUCACAAUCGAAUUGCAGUAAAUAUAAUUUUCACUAUAUUUAGUACUAUAUAUAAUUUACAAGGAUGUAAAUUAAAGGUUAAUAAAAUAUACUUUUCUAGUUUCCUACAACUUCAAAUCUUACAUUUUGAUUUAUAACUAUCUGGAUGAAAAAAAACUAAUCUUAAACUAUUUCUAUGAGGAUACAUUAACCAAUAUUUGUAGUUUAUCUAUGAACUUUUUUUUCUAAUAACUUCACAUUUAAAUUGUAUUUUCUUUUAGAGCAUUCUUUUGCGGCAAGCACUGCCGCAAAAGUGCAGAUUUGGUCGAGCUUCAGAAUAAUGGGUUUUGGUUGAUGUGUCUACUUUACUUUGUCAUAGUUAGUUUGAGUUUGUGUUUAGGAAUUUAUUUCGGUUUUCUGUUUUUUUUUUUCUGUAAUUCUGACAAAAAUAGAAAAAAUGUAAUAAUAUUUUUAUAUUUUUACCAAAAAAAUAAUAAUAAUGUAAAAAAAAAGACAAAAGAAUCAUGGAAAUGAGGAAUCACACCUGGAUUUCCACUCUGUAACAUUGUACUUUGGAUUCUCCACUAUAAUUCGUAGAACACCUUUGCUCUCGUGUCUCUGCCUGACCAGAUUAAAACUAUCUUCCCCAAACAAACUCUAUCGUUCUUUUCAAAAGAAAAAAAAAACUCUAUUGUUACAUUUUAUCUAUUUUUAAUAUAUAAAAGGGCUUAACAAAAAUAAUUCUAGGCAUAUCGUAUAACUUACGCCUACAUUCGUAACGUAUCGAGAACACGUUCUAUUCUAUCCGUUUUAUCCAAUUCAAACGUUUCUUUACCACCCACGUAUUCUAAUCAUUUAUAAAUUGUUUAUGAGACUUUCAUUCCCAUACAAGCCAGACUUUCAUUCCCAUACAAGCCUAUCCUCUCCCAAUCUCAAGUGUUUUAUUAAAGUUAAAUUACAUAUUUUAGAAAUGUUUAUAUAGAAAAUAUUUGAAACAUAUAGUAUUUGACUUUGUAGUCUCUAAAAUGAUGUAAUUGAAAUUUUUGGUAUCAAUAAAUUAUCGUUCAUGUGGUCAAAAAGUUGCACAAUAUAUUACUACUGCCAACCAAUUAUUUAAAUCUGAAUUACUGUUAGUUUUUUUUGGGGGGGGGGGGGGGGGGGGGGGGGGUGGGGGUUGGGAAUAUACGACACUACAAGUUGAAAUCGUUAAAUGUUUUACCAAAAU